AUGUCUUCUGAUACAUUGGAUCAGGUCUUCAACAAGAUCGACGACCUAUCCGAAGUCUUCAAAAAAAGGCUUUCAAACGCGAUCGCGAUUCAAUCGGUGUCCUCUGAUCAGACCACCAAAGGACGCGAAAAAGUUUAUCAGAUGACAGAUUUUCUUGAGCUUCAACUUCAAAACUUAGGAGCAAAAGUGCAACGGUAUUCGCUGGGAGAUGAACCGGAUACAAAACCGGUUCUCAAGCUACCAGAUGUCAUUAUCGGCAAAUACCCACCGACGCCUGCCGCCAACAAGAAAACCAUCCUUAUAUACGGCCAUUACGACGUUCAACCAGAAGGCCCGGGGUGGGAUCAAUCAGCCUGGGAGCUCACAGAGAAAAACGGGAAGUUAUAUGGGCGCGGUUCAACUGAUGACAAGGGACCCGUCCUCGCCUGGCUGAAUGCCCUUGAGGCCUAUAAGGAGGCGGGGGUUGAUAUUCCAGUCAACCUCAUGUUCUGCUUUGAAGGAAUGGAAGAGACCGGCUCUAUUGGGUUUUCCGACUUUGCGCAGAAAAACAAAGCGUUGUUUGAAAAUAUUGACGCAGUGUGCAUCUCCGACAACUACUGGCUUACCACCAGGAAGCCAUGUCUGACUUAUGGUCUUCGAGGCAUCAACUAUUUCACCAUUACUAUCGCCCAAAAACCCCUGCAGGGACUGCAGCCGCCUGUGCCGCUUCACAGUGGCAUAUACGGAGGAACGGUCCACGAGCCCAUGACCGAACUAAUAAUCAUGCUGUCUAAGCUUGCCGACGUCGACGGAAACAUACUGAUCCCCGGAAUCAACGAAAUGGUGGAUACUGUUACAAAGGAGGAGGAGGAGCGUUACAAAAAGAUUGAUUUCAAAAUGGAUGAGUUUAAGCAAACUAUUCGCAGCGAGGCAGCAAUCUACACUGAAGCCAGGGACACUCUCAUGCACCGAAUGAGAUACCCCUCCCUCACCAUUCAUGGCAUUAACGGCGCGGAUCCCAGUGAGAACCAGACAACAGCCAUUUACCCCAAGGUGACCGGGAAGUUCUCUAUCAGAACGGUGCCAAGCAUGGACAUUAAGAAGGUCGGGGACCUGGUGGUGCAGUAUUUAGAGCAGGAGUUUGAGAAAUUGGGCACUAAGAAUACUUGUGAAGUGAAAGCGUUUGGUGAAUCUGCACCAUGGUGGCUUGGAAAUACGAAUGACGCAAAUUUCACGGCAGGAACUGCAGCGACAAGAAGAGUAUACAAUACAGAACCAGAUCUGACUCGCGAGGGUGGAAGUAUCGGCGUUACGCUGGAUCUAAAGAAUGCCUUGAAGCCCAAUACGAGUAUCAUGUUGCUUCCGGUGGGCCAGUCUGAUGAUGGUGCUCAUGGCCCGAAUGAGAAACUGAGCAGGAAGAAUUAUAUCGACGGCAGCAAAUUGUUGGGUGCUUACUGGUAUUAUAUUGCCCAUCCCCAGGUUUAA